GUAAUCGAUGUUAACAUCGAUUUUUUUGCAGCACUAAAAAAACUUUAUUUAUUGUUUAAUGUGUAAAUAAUAGUGAUAAGAAGCAACACAGCUGUGCGGAUUGCGGAGCGGAUAGCAAAGCAGACGGCGUAUAAAACGGGGGCGCAUUAGAAAAGUGCAGCUUGUUGGUCGUAGAGGGCAGCACGGAAAGCAGAGAAAUCCGGAGAAGCAACAGCGCAGUCGGCAGCGACGCCCACGCAGCGGAAGUAAUAAAAAAGAAAAGAGAAAUCGGAAGGAGGGGGAAGAGCCGAGGAGGCGCAGGAGGAGGAGGAGGAGGAGGAGGAGGAGGAAAAGCAGGUGGGUCGAGUAAAGGAAAAACGGGAAACGAGGAACAGCAGUCCCACAACGCCAGCAGCUAUCGAAGUCAUGCCGCUGGCCGAUUCCCAAAAGGAUCUCCGCCAGCAGCCUCAGCAGCCUCAGCAGCAGCAGCAGCAGCAGCAGCAGCAGCAUGUGUCCUCCACCAGCAGCAACAACAAUGCGGAGCAACAGUGCAGCAGUAGCACCGGAUUGGGCCUGCAGCUGCGCCAGCGCAUGCAGAUUACCUCUUCCGGCUGCAGCAGCCUCGCGGUCACGCCCAUGGAGCACACGCCCACCGAGGACGAGGAGAGUGGCGGCGGCAGCAGCGGAGUCACCUCCUCCGUCACCACGGUGACCUCAUCGCAGCGUCGCCAGCAGCAGCUGCAUCAAGUGCAACAGCAAUCCGCUUUGCAAGCUGCCCUCGAGCAGCAUCACAUCUCGCCGGCGGCAGAAGAGGAUUUUUCCAGGGAAAGACCGGUGCAUCGAACACUAUGUGCGCCGCCGCCGCCGGAACUCAUGGAGCUGAGUGAUUCCGAGUCCCAGGGAGGCAGAAGAGAAGGGGCAGCUGGAACCGAACCGCUGGAUGAGACCGAAAACGAAUUCGAGCUCAAAGAGGUCAUAAAAGAGGGUCACGACAAGGCCGACCCGUCGCAGUUCGAACUCCUUCGUGUCCUAGGCGAGGGCAGCUUUGGCAAGGUCUUCCUGGUGCGGAAGAUUAUCGGGAAAGAUGCUGGUACGCUGUACGCCAUGAAGGUGCUCAAGAAGGCCACCCUUAAGGUCAAGGAUCGCGUCCGGAGUACCAACGAACGCAAGAUCCUGGCGGACGUGGGGCAUGCCUUCAUCGUGCGCCUGCACUAUGCCUUUCAAACGCCCGGAAAACUCUACCUGAUAUUGGAUUUCCUUCGUGGCGGCGAUCUGUUCACCCGUUUGUCCAAGGAAGUGAUGUUUACCGAAGAAGACGUUAAGUUCUAUUUGGCCGAACUGGCGCUGGCCAUGAACCAUCUGCACUCGCUGGGCAUCAUCUACAGGGACCUUAAGCCAGAGAAUAUACUACUCGACGAGCAUGGUCAUAUAGCCUUGACGGACUUCGGUCUGUCCAAGCAGCCCUUGGAUGGAUCUAAGACCUACAGCUUUUGCGGUACCGUGGAGUACAUGGCGCCGGAGAUUGUGAACCGGAAGGGACACGAUUUUGCCGCCGACUGGUGGAGUUUCGGGGUGCUCAUGUACGAAAUGCUAACAGGGAACCUACCGUUUCAUGGCCAAACCCGUCAGGAAACUAUGAAUCAGAUCCUAAGAAGCAAGUUGGGCAUGCCGGAAAAUCUGUCGCCGGAGGCGCAGUCGCUGCUACGGGCGCUCUUCAAGAGAAAUCCCCAGAAUCGCCUGGGUGCGGGUACCCAAGGAAUACUGGACAUCAAGGCGCACUGCUUCUUCGCCACCAUCGACUGGGUGAGAUUGGAACGAAAGCAGGUGCGUCCGCCUUUUAUACCGGCGGUGAGCCGUGACGACGCCUUCUACUUUGAUGUGGAGUACACCUCGAAGUCCCCCAGGGACUCACCGGGUGGUCCAAUCUCCGCAUCUGCGCAUGAAAUUUUCCGUGGCUUUAGCUUCGUGGCUCCUGUCCUCCUGGAAGGCCAAUGUGCCGGCUCCAAUAGCUGCUCCACCAGUGCUAGUCCACUGCAUAAUAUAGCUCCUAUUCCCGCUGUUCCGGCGGGUGCGCCUCGAACUUUACCCGGUGUCCUGCCCGGCAACUUCCAUGCUGAGUACAAUCUGCUGCAGGAACUGGGACGUGGAACUUUCUCCGUUUGCCGACUGUGCGAGCAUCGCGCCUCCAAGAAGCAUUACGCCGUUAAAGUGAUCGAAAAGGCCGCUGUGGCCGCCGCAUCCACAUCCACAUCCACGUCCGCCGAUUGCUGGGAGGAAGUGGAGAUUAUGUUAAGGUACGGCAACCACCCAAAUAUCGUCACUCUGUAUUCGGUUUACGAGGAUGCGGGCUCCGCCUAUUUAGUAAUGGAGCUCCUGAAAGGCGGGGAGCUGCUCGAUCGCAUACUGGCCGUAGGUCAGAUGUGCGAAAGCGAGGCGAGCGCCGUUUUAAGGACGAUUGCAUCCGCGGUAGCGUAUCUCCAUGAACAUGGCGUUGUGCAUCGAGACCUGAAGCCUUCGAAUAUGAUAUAUGCCAGCAUGCGACAGACUCCCGAAACCCUAAAGCUCUGCGAUUUGGGCUUCGCCAAGCAGCUGCGCGCAGACAACGGACUCCUGAUGACGCCCUGUUACACAGCCAACUUUGUGGCGCCCGAGGUUCUGAAGCGGCAGGGCUAUGACCUGGCCUGCGACAUCUGGUCGCUGGGCGUCCUUCUGUACAUCAUGCUAUCCGGCCGGACGCCAUUUGCCAGCACUCCGAACGAUUCGCCGGACGUAAUACUGAAGCGCAUCGGGUCGGGGCACAUUGACUUCACCAGCAGUCGCUGGGCACUGGUCAGCGUGCCAGCCAAGGAACUGUUGCGCCAGAUGCUGCACAUAGUGCCGGAGAAUCGGCCGACGGUAGCACAAAUUCUUGAGCAUGCCUGGCUGCGGGAACAAUUUGCCGGCGGCGUGCAGCUUACUGAGUACGCAGUGGCGCCCGGAUCGCAACUUUCGCUAGGCGCCCAGCAGCAGCAGCAGAAUCACAUUUCGAUGGCUUUAAGGGGAGCUGUGGAUGCCACGUUUCGGGCCAUUGCCAUACCGCAGGCGGCCAAUGUGGGCCCCGUAGAACUGUCGAUGUUGGCCAAGAGGCGGGCCAAAGAUAGGGCCAACCUGCACUCCUAAUCCUGGGCCGCAGCAUGGUGUCCGCGGCGCCAGGCCAAGAGGCAAAUAAUUCGGCUAGUUUUCCGACUCUAUAGUAUUCUAAUCCAAUGCUGCUGUGCCAUACCGCGUCGUCUCGUCAUUGGCAAUGUGCACAAGCUUGGUCCACAUCCACAUCUGCUGGGCAAUCCCCGCAAACGCUGCCGCAGCGCCAAGCUGCGCGUAGUUUAGUCUUUUGGGGAGUUUGGGCCCCAUUUUAAGUAUUUGACAAAAAGUGUUAAUUAUUUAUUUUAUAUGAAAGCAUACCAAGAUGCCAAGGCCAAAAAGCAAAAUGCGGGGCAUCUAUAUACACAUCUAUAACUAUAAAGAUACGGUUAUACAUCUAUAUACAUACAUAGCUAUUUAUAUAACGUCUCCUUAAGCCAGGGCCUCGAGAGCAUAUGUGUAUGUGGCGCCAGGAUCAUCUCAGAUGACGCCUGAUCCCACAGUAUUUAUCCUUAAAAUCGAAAUUCGCACACACAAGUUUACAACAUAUAAAACAAAAUGCAUACAUAUUUUUAAUUAAAUUAAUCGUAGCUAAAUUUUUCAAC